CGAUUCAAUUGGACAGUCCAACCAGCCAGGCUCUGGAAACUUUCUGACGAUGCGGCUCAGUGGUUGCACGCAGCCAUUUCGAUAUCCUCAGACUCCAGCGCCGUCCCUCCGCUCGACAUAAACCACCUUCGACUGGCCUCGUGGUUGCGCAACCGUGAGCCAUGGCCGAGCUCGUCCGCCUCUCGCGCCCCUGGCUCCUGGCCUCCAUUCGGGCGCAAACCUUCCCGGUAGCGCCAGUGGUUGCCCGCGGCUUCAGCAGCACGUCGAACCACGACAGGCAGACCGGGCCUACUCGGUCGAGCCGCCAGAAGAUGCCCACAUUACGGCAGCCAUCCUUCCUCCUUCCAAGUACCCUCGUCACUCCUCCGCUGAGCAAGUUCCCUAGGACGCCCAAGGAAUUCGCCGGCUUUGUCUACUACAUUUUUAAGGCGAGGCUGCAGGCAGUGGGCGCGAAUAUAGGGGCCAAGAUCAUGUCCAUGCCAAGAACAUUGCUUAGCCGCCCCAAGCUGAAGCUCGGCCGGUCCCAGGCGGUACCGACUGGCAAAGCUCUCCACGUCCAGAUGUCCGAGGCUGUAGCUGCCGGUGAUGCCGAAACGAUCCGCCGCAUCUGCUUGCCCGAGCUCGCCGAUAGUCUUGUCGCAUCGAUGCAAACCCGGCCCAGGGGCAUCCGCUACGCAUGGCAGCUGGUCAAGUACAACAGCACAGUCUCGUACCCGCGACUCGCCGACUUCCGGGCCGUCACCAUGCCAUUGCCCGGGAGCACCCAGACCCAGAUCGUCAGGCAGGCUGUUGUCAGCAUCGCCAGCACGCAGAGAAUCGGUCGCUACGACGACACCAAGGGGGGCACCCUGGUUCCGGGCAGCGAAAGAACACAGGACCUUGUUGAGCACCUUGUCUUGCAGUCCAACGUCAGCAUGCAGACCUGGGUAGCAGAGCCGUGGAAGAUCUGGGGCACAAUUAAUGAGUCCACAUAUCAGGACUCAUUGGACAUCGAGGCCGGCACCAAGCUUCUGUACAAGAGACAGGCCAAGGGCGUGUAAACUUCGUCUCGGCCGACCACUCAGUGGCCUGCCGACGCAACAUCAACCUGGAGCAUGGGCGGAAUUAUCCCGACCAGCGCUGGUGGCAAGACAGACACCGAGCGCAGUGUACAUAUAUGUAUAUGUGUCAACUUGUAAUACCACAAUUGUAUAGAAGGCAAAACGAUCGCGGACGCGGGUAGUCGAGGGAGCAGAAAUCCAGCAGCUCACAUGAGGGCGUGAGGCAGGAUGAUGCACAAAUACAGGCCUCGAGGGGGUUAAACCCCAAAUUCCGGCAAAAGUCAUGUCAAGUAAAGCCGCGCGGAGCAGAGGAUGAUACAAAGAGCAGAACCUCCACAAAAACAAACAGCACAAGUGAUAACUCGAUCA